GUAGGUGAAACCCUAUUGGCUCUGUUGGCUCCUUGAUUUAAACCACGCCCGGCUGUCUGCCGGCUUUGCUGCUGCCGGGCUAGGCCGCCCAGCCCCAUCGCAACCCCGUUUGCCUUGGGAGCCCGGGGCUGCUGCGGCUGCUAUUGUGUGGAUGCAGCGCUUGUCCUUUCUUGUCUUGUAGAGAUGGCUAACCGCGGCCCGAGCUAUGGCCUAAGCCGGGAGGUGCAGGAGAAGAUCGAGCAGAAGUACGACGCGGACCUGGAGAACAAGCUGGUGGACUGGAUCAUCCUGCAGUGCGCCGAGGACAUAGAACACCCGCCUCCGGGCAGGGCUCACUUUCAGAAAUGGUUGAUGGACGGGACGGUCCUGUGCAAGCUGAUAAACAGCCUCUACCCACCAGGGCAGGAGCCCAUCCCCAAGAUCUCAGAGUCCAAGAUGGCUUUUAAGCAGAUGGAGCAGAUCUCCCAGUUCCUGAAGGCUGCGGAGAUUUACGGCGUGAGAACCACGGACAUUUUUCAGACGGUGGAUCUGUGGGAAGGGAAGGACAUGGCUGCUGUGCAGAGGACCCUGAUGGCCCUAGGCAGUGUCGCAGUCACCAAGGAUGACGGCUGUUACCGGGGAGAGCCAUCCUGGUUUCACAGGAAAGCCCAGCAAAAUCGGCGAGGAUUUUCUGAGGAGCAGCUUCGCCAGGGACAGAACGUCAUAGGUCUGCAGAUGGGCAGCAACAAGGGGGCCUCCCAGGCGGGCAUGACCGGCUACGGGAUGCCCAGGCAGAUCAUGUAAGACGCCGCAGCCCGCCACGCCACAGCCUCUAUGACAAAGAAAUAGCUAGCCACCUUCUGACCUUCUCUUUCUCAAAGCCUCCUGCCCCUGGUUUUCCAAGUGCUGCAUUUCCGCUGAGACUCCACGUUGCCUAUUGCCGCCACCUUUUGUUCAUUUAGAACUAUGCAAAGACUCCGCUUCCAUCCUAUCCCUCAGCACCUCCUUCGCCCUGUUGGUGGAUUAUUUAUUUAUUUAUUUAUUUGCCAAAUUUCCUCUCCUCCACUCACAGUACACACCCAAUAAAUUAGUCUUGUGUC